AUGAUUGCCCCCUCAUUGCCCACGAAUCAAACUGAGGUCCGUCACAUGUCUCCGCCGGAGACGCCAGAUGGUGCCCAUCGAGCUCGAGUCGUGCGAGCAUGUGUUCGAUGCAGGAAGCAGAAAUUAAAGGUAUCAUUUCUUGCCUCCCCCCUUUUCCUUCUUGGAGGACUCAACUUUUCUGUUAGCAACGGAUUAGCUAAAAGAAAAUGUACGCUUCUGCAGUGCGACACGGCCAGGCCCUGUACACUAUGCCGCCGCUCAGGCUUCCCUUGUGAGGCACGGGAUGAGAAUGGUUCCGCCAAAAUCAAGAGGGCUGUCAGGAGAGCCAAAAGAGACCCGAUCCCGCCAGAUUCAGCUUCUCCCGAACAAAAGAAGCAUAACCUUCCGCUCAAUCCAUCACGUGCAAGCCCGCCAUUCCAAUCCAAUUCUCCAGGCCAGUCUCAGGGUCCCCAUGGUAACUUGAGUGAGCGACAGCGGUUUGGUGCCAACAGCUCUGCGGUUGGUUUUGCUGCUCGUAUGUUUGGUGACUCGGCGGGUUCCCAUCCUAGCGAUAUCUCGAAAAGCAUCCCUGGUUAUGCCGGUCGGUCCAAAAUGGGUUGUGCCGGGCCCCCUUGGUCCUUGGUGACGAUGCAGUGUCCUUCGCCGGUGCUGCUCGAGGCACUGAUAGAUGUGUAUUUUGAUCGGAUGCACUGGUUCACACUGGUUUUCCACGAACCGUCAUUCAGACAAGCAGCAAAACAUGUUCUUUCCAGGACCUCAUGGCAUCGGGACGAACUGGGCUUUGUCUUGGCUUGUCUAAUGGUGUCUGCUGUUGGACUGAAGUGUGUCGUUCGGGACCCGUCAUGGAUAGGUCACGCGAUGCUCGCAGAAGAGUCCUGGGAUGCCGUGACGCUUCUCGAAGCACUCAUCAAGGAAGUACGGUUCCACCUCUUGGAUCUUCUCGACGACUGCUCCAUCGAGACUGUGCAAGUCUGCAGCCUUCUGGGAACCUACUACGUCUUUCACGCAUCCCCCACUUUAGCAUGGAGCAUCCUGGGCAUGGCGGUCCGCACUGCGUAUGCUCUUACGUUGCAUUGCGAUGGUGAUGAUGAUAGCGCAACCGGAAAGGACUAUGACCCCGUCGUCGCACAGGUACGCCGCCGAAACUGGAAUCACAUCCUCGUGGCAGAUACGUUUGCUGCCAUGAUAUACGGGCGCCCAGUUUCCCUCGACGCUGCCUUUUCCUACGUCCAGCCUCUUGAUGACUUGGAUGACUUGGUUUUGGGACCUGGUCUGUCCAAACACCCCCUUUUGACUGCCAAUUCGCCAAGAUCCGUCUCGUCUCGUCCAGUAUCAAGACAGACGUUUCAUGAGUUGAAAUACUACCUGUACGACAUUGUGCGGGAGGCACUAAAUCGUUUCCGGCUCUUACGUCUGCAAAGCCCCAUCUCGCCGGCAGAGUUGGUUUCUUUAGUAGAAGCAGUGCAACACGUUCGCUCCUUGUUGUAUGCUUGGAAAGCAGAUUUGCCGGCUGUCUUCGACACGAACCCGACCUCCCAGGAGGCCAUCCUUGCAGAUCUUGAUAGCAUACCGGACCUAUCCCCCGAGGAGCAGAAAUCCCGGCGGCACCUGUCUCUUCAAAUCAAUGCCUUGAAUGUCACAUAUAACAGCGCCGUCAUCUUCAUCCAUCGACCCCUUCUGGAAUAUCGGGUGGCAGCCGACUCACGCCAGGCCUUAUCUAGCGAAACACUUCAGGUUGUCUCAGAGUCUCUGCAAUUGUCCGUCAAUGCAGCUCUAGAAAUGUCUCGAGUGCCGGUUCCUCAUCUCGAAAACCAGUUUGCAAUGUCGUUUGUACUGAUGAAUUUCUUCACUGCUGGCGUCAUUCUUUGCAUUCCGCCUACCACUUGGCCGCUGAGCUCCAUAGCCCACGAGGCCAAGGCGGGGACAUUACGCAUUAUUCAUGCUAGUCGAGCUUUGAAACCUGUUACCCCUAUAGCGUCCCAUACUGAGCAACUGCUCACAGGAUUGUUAAGGCGUAGCCUGCAGCAGGAAGUAGACAGCGGUCUUCAUCAAGAACAUAAUGUAAGAAUUGAGUCGGAUCGGCGCUAUCCGGCGUCGAUGGACCAAACCAUGAGAUAUUCACAGCAGAAUCACCUCCCCAUUCAAAAUGAAACCGAAGCCCGAAAUGAACAGGCGAACCAAGUGCCGGUACAACAAGCGCCCCGGUUCUCACAGGCGGACCGACAAGGCCCAAUAUCAGGAGACCAAAUGCGAAUGGCCAAUGUCUCGCUAUUCCCACUUACACAUAACGGAGAGAUGGAGGAUGCCAACGUGAUGCAUUCUGCAAGCACGAUUUAUGACGAGAACGGAAAUUUGGUGAUAUCCAAUAACGACCCCCGGCGGGGAGCAAUAGACUAUCAUUACGCCGAACAACGCCACCAGGUAGACUCACAAUUGGAUGAAGUCUUUGGCAUAUUUGGACAGAGUAAGUAG